CAAAACGCUGCAACUUCAUGCGAUACAUACACACGAUUCAUGCCAAUCUCGCGCACCGCUGUCACACAUUUAGUAUUUUAACAAGACGAUAAAAUAUUUGCUCGUCACCGUACGGCAAUAUUUCUUCUUUUGAAAAAAGUGCAUUUCGGUGAAUAAACCUGGAAUAAAAAGUGUUUUAAUCAAUUAUCAAAAUGUCACGUUAUAUGAAUCGCCCGGAGAACGCUCUGAAAAGAGCAAAUGAAUUUAUCGAUGUCGGCAAAAAAUCAAGAGCCUUGGACACUCUCCAAGAGGUGUUCCGAAACAAAAAAUUCACGUACAGCUAUUCGGAAUCGGUGAUUGAGCCAAUUAUGUUUAAAUAUUUGGAUCUUUGCGUUGAAUUGAAGAAAUCGCACAUCGCCAAGGAGGGUUUGUUCCAAUACCGUAACAUGUUCCAAUUGGUGAAUGUUGGCUCAUUGGAAAAUGUGAUCCGUGGCUACUUGAAAAUGGCCGAAGAGCGCACUGAAGCCGCUCAACAGCAAUCGUCACAGGCCGUUAUCGAUAUCGAUGAUUUGGACAAUUUGGCCACACCGGAAAGUAUUUUAAUGAGUGCCGUGUGCGGUGAAGACGCUCAAGAUCGUUCGGAUCGUACUAUUCUAUUGCCAUGGGUGAAAUUCUUGUGGGAAUCAUACUGCCAAUGUUUGGAAUUGUUGCGUGUCAAUGCUCAUUGCGAGGCAUUGUACCACGACAUCGCCCGAAUGGCCUUCGGUUUCUGCUUGAAAUAUAACCGUAAAAUGGAAUUCCGUAAAUUAUGCGAAAAAUUGCGCAAGCAUUUGGAAGAUAUUUGCAAAUCAACCAAUCAAGCUACUGGCGUUAGCAUCUCGAAACCAGAAACACAACAACUUAACUUGGAUACGAGAUUAAACCAAUUGGAUAGCGCCAUCCAAAUGGAAUUGUGGCAGGAAGCCUACAAAGCCAUUGAAGACAUUCAUGGUUUGAUGAAUUUGGCAAAGAAGCAACCGGUUGCAAAAACCAUGGCCAACUACUACCAAAAAUUGGCAAUGGUCUUCUGGAAAGCCGGCAAUCAUUUGUUCCAUGCUGCCGCCCUUUUGAAACUCUUCCAAUUGACGCGUGAAAUGAAGAAGAACAUCACCCAAGAAGAGCUUCAGCGUAUGGCAAGUCAUGUGUUGAUCGCCACAUUGGCCGUACCAUUGCCAUCGGCUCAUCCCGAAUUCGAUCGGUUCAUUGAAACCGACAAGAGCCCAUUGGAGAAGGCACAACGUUUGGCCGUUUUGUUGGGACUUUCAAAUCCACCAAGUCGUGCUUCAUUGCUUAAAGAUAUGAUCCGCUUCAAUGUGGUUCAAUUGGCCGGUGAACAAUAUCGCAAUUUGUACCAAUGGCUUGAGAUUGAUUUUGACCCAUUGAAUUUGUGCUCACGUGUCAAAACCAUCACCGAUGUGAUUGUUGCCGACGAAAAGCACCCAUUGCAACAAUACGUUCGUUCAUUGCACGAUGUGACAAUUGUCCGUUUGAUUCGUGAAAUCUCUCAGGUCUACCAGUCGAUUGAGUUUGCACGCAUUUUGUCUCUCGCCAAAUUCACCGACAAAUUUAGUUUGGAACGCAUUUUGGUUGACUGUGUGCGACACAAUGACAUGCAAAUUCGCAUCGAUCAUCAAGAGAAUUGCAUUCACUUCGGCACCGAAUUGUCGGAAAGCCAACGCGAAGAUCGUCCAGAUGGUCCAAUGUUGCAAUCGAUGCCAUCGGAACAAAUCCGCUCGCAAUUGGUGAACAUGUCAAUUGUAUUGCAUCGCGCCAUCAAUACCAUUAAUCCAAACCGUAAGAAGGCCGAUCGUGACCGUCUUCGGGCACAAAUCGUCGAAAGCUACCAUGCUACCAAGAAUAAGGAGCAUCAACGCAUUUUGCAACGUCAAAAGAUGAUCGAAGACUUGAAAGAAUCGAUCGAACGCAAGAACAAUGAACGCGAAGCGGAGGAAAUCCAUCGGCAAGAGGAAGAACAGCGUCGCCUUAAGAUGGCCGAACAGAAACGCUUGGAACUUGAGCUUGAGGAACGUGCACGUAAACGGCAAGCUGACGAAAUUCAACAGAUUAAGGAGAAGAGCUUGCAAGAGAAAGUGCAACAAAUCAAACAAACCACGCACGGUCAAAAGGUGCUCAAGAAAUUGGAUGAAGAUGAACUUAAGAAAUUGGACGCCGAACAAAUUGCCAAACGUGAAUCGGAAGAAUUGCAAAAGGAACGCAAAGAAUUACAAUCGAAAUUGAAGUCACAAGAAAAGAAGGUCGACUACUAUGAACGGGCUAAGCGUCAAGAGGAAAUUUCAUUGAUUGAAAAGUAUUUGGAAGACAAACAAGUCAACGACAAAGAAUUCUGGGAACAACAAGAAAAACAACGCAUUGAAAAUGCUAUAGCGGAACGCGAAAUUGCAUUGAAGGAACAACAAAGAUUGUCACGCAUGUACCCAGAUCGCGAUUCAUUCUUGGACCGUUUGCGCAAAGAACGUAACGAGAACUUUGAAGAAAAGGCAGCAUCAUUCGAGAAAUUGCUUGAAGAAGAGCGCAAAAAACGUUUGGCCGAACGUGUCAUUGAGCGAUACGAAGAACGUAAACAGAAAUAUCUUGAUGAAAUUGCAGCUGAGAAGAAACGGCGCGAGGAUGAAGAGCGUCGUGUCAAGGAGGAAGCCGAACGCGUGGAACGCGAACGUCGCCAAAAGGAAAGAGAAGCCGAACUUGAACGAUCGGCUCAAAUCCAACGCGCCAAGGACGAAGAAAAUGAACGCAAAUUGGCCGAACGUAGGUCACAAGAACAAAAGGAAAAAGAAAACCAAUCGUCGUGGCGAAAUGUACCAGCCGCCGCCGCCGCCACCGCAGACAAACCAGCUGGAGAAAAAUACCGACCACCAGGCUCACGAGCUGCUCCUCCAACUGCUGCAGCUGCUGCAGCUACUGCUACUGAUGAACCAGCUCAAGAGCGUGGCGAUUGGCGGAAAGUACCAGAAGCCGAAGCGAAACCAGACCGUGAAUCGAAAUGGCGUCGAGAUGACAACAGAGAAAACCGCGGCGUAGACAGAGAAAUCCGACGUGGAGAUGAUAACAGAGAUAACCGAGGUGGAGAUAGAGAAAUCCGACGUGGAGAUGACAACAGAGAUAACCGGGGUGGAGAAAUUCGUCGUGACCGCCGUGAUGAUAAUCGAGGAGACCGGCGAGGUGGUGAUCGUAACGACAACAGGCGUGACGAUCGACGUGGAGGUGACCGUGGUGGUGACCGUGGUAAUGACUGGAGACGUGGUGGUGGUAAUGACUCAAACAGAGGAGGCGACCGAGAAAUUCGUCGCAGCGAUCGACCAUCUGCUGCAUCACAGGAAGGCAGCAGUUGGCGCCGCAAUGAACAAGCACCACGCACUGAACAAGCACCACGUAAUGAACCAGUCAAAGAAGAAAACAAACGCCGCGAAAAAUCUCCAGUUAAAGAAUCAGCCGAUGAUGGUUGGUCGCAAGUGCGCCGCAAGUAAAUCCAGCGUUUUACAUCAGCCAUGGACUAAUCAUUUUUUAUUAUUUCUAUACAAAUAUGCAUAAAUUUUACUCUGUGUACAAUUGAAAUAUUGAAAUAAAAUAAACCGCAGCCAGAGUCAACUAAA